AUGUCUUGCCCACAAAGGAGAAUCUGCAUAAGAAAGGUAUUUUGCUUGAUGUCACUUGCUCCUUUUGCAAUUUUGCCCCUGAAUCUGCCCAUCAUUAUUCUUGGAUUGUGUUUUGCCCGACAAGCUCUCUUCUCUUCUGUCAUCAACUACCGUACCCCUAGCAGUAUGGAAUUAGGCGAAUGGAUUAUGAGUUUGUUGGAUUGUAAGGAUCUUUUGUGCUCCCAGUUGUUAUGUGUUAUUGUGCAGAAGGUGUGGCACGCGGGAAACCUCAUGAUCUAUCAACGAAAGGUCAUUUUCCUGCAAAGGGUGGCUGCAAAUGCGUUGUUUGCUGUUGAGGAAUACAAUCUCAGAAAUCUAGAGGUGUUGGCUAAGAAAGGUUCGCCUAUUACUUUGGCGCUGGAGUCCGUCCCCUCAAAGAUUUCAAUUUUUCAAGUUGAUGCAGGCGUUUUCCCUUAUGGUUCUGUGGUUUUUGGUUGCGUUUUUAAAAAAAUAAUGCUUCUUGCAUUUCUUUUGUGGCUAGCAAGAAGGAGUUCCUCAUGGUCCCUCCAGUUUUGGUUGAGAUUUUGGCAAUUAAAUGGUGUCUCAAUGUGGCAAUAG